GAAUGGUCUUGGAGAAUUUUGUCCAUUUUAAAGAAAGAUCUAUAUUAGACUUUUCAAAAACAAAAUAUGGUCCAAACAUUUUUGUUGGGGCGAGUUCAACAGGAAAAACAGCUGUAUUAGAAUUAAUCAGAAGAUGUAUGGAUAUGAAAUUAAACUCAUCCCUCACAAACCGUUGUGACGAAAGUAAAACAGCAUAUGUUUUUUGCGAGUUUGAAAAGACAUUUGGAAAUUAUGGACCUACGGUCAUAUCAGGGAUGAUUGUAGAUAGAGUACACGAAGAUUACGUAGACGAUGAUGAAGAAGAUGAAGAAUGGGUAGAGAACGUGAAAGAAGAUAAACAAGAAACAAUAUUUCAUAAAGUCAUAAUGUACUUUUACAAAGAAGAAAUAAAGGUUUGUUGUAAAACGUACUUUAAGACACCUGACGGAAGAAUCGUUGAUCUUAGAAAGAAUGUGAAACUCGGUAAAGUGUUUUUGGAUGACAUUAAUGUAAUUGAUAAAAUUUUGUGUAUUGCCAACAAAGGUAGAAAACCAAAUGAAAGUUAUAAGAUAAGCAGUGGAAUAAAAAAUGACUUCGAUAUUGCAUUUGUGGAAAAAGUUUCAAAUGAAAUUAGAAAACAACAAAGAGAAGAUAGAAUCCACAAUCAAUAUCCAAAAGUAUGGGGAGCAUUAGAAGAUGAAUUUGUUGGUGUUUUGUCAAUGAGAGGAUUGGGUACAUUUCAAUGGACAAAAAGUUCAUUAAUCGACGAUAAAUUCAAAUCAAUCAAUUAUGAAGGCGCAAGCGCUCAAGCGGAAAUUAUAGCUGAACUGAUAGAAAGUUAAGACAUUGAUUACAACAGAGAACACGAAAUAUUUAAUUUUCUUACCAGUGGAAGUAACUUUAAUUUUGUCAAGAAAUCGACUUCGGAAAUAGUUGUUCAAAAAGGUGGUAAAGAGUUUGCGUUGUUGAAGACCUCUGUUGGAACUGUAGAGGCCAAACAAUUUUCACUUUUGAUGGCACACGAUAGGCUGCAAACAAUUUGUCUAGAAGAGCCUGAUAGAGGAAUGCAUCCUCAGAUGAUUGAACGUAUGAAUGAAGUUCUGCACCACGAAAGUCGCAAAAAAACCAUUAUUGUUGUAACUCAUAGCCCAUUUCUUGUCGACUCCACGUCACUGAAAAACACUUUCUUCUUUUCGAGAGGAGCGAAUGGUUCAACAGUCGUCAACAUAAACGACGAACUCGAGAAAAAUGAAUAUUUAAAGUUGUUAGGAACAACAGAAUUCAAAACUCUUUUGUUUUCCUCGAGCGUUCUUUUUGUUGAAGGACCCUCUGAUAAAAUUGUUCUUGAAGCUAUAUUUAGAAAAUAUAAGCAAAGUUCAAAGUCAUUCGCUGACAGUUUUCCAAUAUUACGUCACGAAAUAUGUUCCAUGGGAGGAAAAGGAAUAGCCAAUAGAAUGAAAGAUUUCUGCAAAAAAUUAAAUAUAAAGUUUUGUGUAGUUACAGAUAGGGAUGUAAUGAUGGAUGACAAAGGGCCACAAAUUAAAUAUAGAAGCAGUUUUAGCUCAGAUUUUAUAGAAGAUGAUUGUAGCAUUUCAACGUUUCUUGAAGACAAAUUUAAAACGUUUUCUGAUAAUUUGGCAGAAAACGAAAAUCUGUUUGUUUGGAAACAUGGCGAAUUGGAAGACUUUCUUUUAAGUAAACACCAAUUUGAAAUCUGCAAACUUUUGAUUCCAGAGAACUUAUCUAAUGAAGAAAAUUAUCCAUUCGAUGUAACAGAUCCACACUAUAAAGAUUCCAAAGGGAAGAUCAACAAAUCUUUGAAUGGUGGAAUAUCUCGGGAUAAACUGGAUGAUUUAGCAACGCUUCUAUUGCAGUUUGAAGAAACUGGUCGCCUGUGUAUUUUCCUGAAAAACAUAAAUGACUGCAAAUAUCCAUAACCAUUCUGUAUCACAUGUUUACCAAAAUGUAUAUUGCUUUACUAAUAUUAUUAUUAAGAUGCACUGAAAAAGGUUGUUUUGUGUAUUAAAUAGAUUAUAUAGAUUGCAGUAUUUAAAUAGUUUUGUUCCUUAAAAUUAAAGAUCUUCGUUUCCAACAUAUGACCUCAUUGUUUUUGCUAGGUUUCUUUUUCCUUAUUUGCAUUAGGGUAUUCCGGUUUCAACGAUUGUACGGUUUCUUUUUAUCAUUAAUAAAGUAUUCCGUUUCUAAAGGGAGACCCUCUUGUUGUUCUACGGUUUCGUUUAUCAUCUUUUA